GCAGAAACACUCAGUCGCCACAAGCGUAGCUCAAAAAAUAAAAACAAGAAAUCAAACACGAGUGUAAUAGUCAGCCGUGACGACAUCAAAAGAGAAGUUCAGCUGGCCCUGAGUAGCCUGGCCUGUAAGGUAAACUGUCCUAGAGGAAUAAGGGGAAGACGAGGAAGGCCUGGUGCCCCAGGCAAGCAUCGUCCUCCCGGACCGCGUGGACCCCAAGGACCUAAAGGAAAGAAAGGUACUCAAGGAGAUCAGGGUCCUCCUGGACACAUCAUUAUCCAUCACUACCCAUCACUGUCCAUCACUACACAUCACUGUCCAUCACUACCCAUCAGUAUCCAUCACUACACAUCACUGUUCAUCACUACCUAUCACUAUCCAUCACUACACAUCACUGUCCAUCACUACCCAUCACUAUCCAUCACUACACAUCACUAUCCAUCACUACACAUCACUGUUCAUCACUUCACAUCACUGUUCAUCACUUCACAUCACUGUGCAUCACUACACAUCACUGUCCAUCACUACCCAUCACUAUCUAUCAUUACACAUCCCUAUCCAUCCUAUCCAUCACUACACAUCACUGUCCAUCACUACACAUCACUGUCCAUUACUACACAUCACUGUCCAUCACUACACAUUACUAUUCAUCACUACACAUCACUGUCCAUUACUACACAUCAUUAUCCAUCACUACACAUCACUACACAUCACCAUCCAUCACUACACAUCGCUUUCCAUCAUGAUCAGUACCAAUCACUAUCCAUCACUUUACAUCACUAAACAUCACUGUCCAUCACUACACAUCACUGUCCAUCACUACAAACCACUGUCCAUUACUACACAUCACUGUCCAUCACUACACAUCACUAUUCAUCACUACACAUCACUGUCCAUUACUACACAUCAUUAUCCAUCACUACACAUCACUACUCAUCACUACCCAUCACCAUCCAUCACUACACAUCGCUGUCCAUCACUACCAAUCACUAUCCAUCACUUUACAUCACUAAACAUCUCUGUCCUUCACUACACAUCACUCUCCAUCACUACACAUCACUCUCCAUCACUACACAUCGCUGUCCAUCACUACCAAUCACUAUCCAUCACUAAACAUCACCUUCCAUCACUACACAUCACUGUCCAUCACUACACAUCACUGUCCAUUACUACACAUCACUGUCCAUCACUACACAUCACUAUUCAUCACUACACAUCACUGUCCAUCUUACACAUCACUGUCCAUCACUACACAUCACUGUCCAUUACUACACAUCAUUAUCCAUCACUACACAUCACUACUCAUUACUACCCAUCACUAUCCAUCACUACACAUCACUGUCCAUCACUAUCCAUCACUACACAUCACUUUCCAUUACUACACAUCAUUAUCCAUCACUACACAUCACUACCCAUCACUAUCUAUCACUACACAUUACUGUCCAUCACUAUCCAUCACUACACAUCACUAAACAUCACUGUCCAUCACUACCACAUCACUAUUCUUUUCAAAGGUUGAGGAAGGCUAAAAAUUGGUAGCUGACCGUUACUUUCAUGUACAUUGAAAACUAGUUUGUUUUUUAAAUAAAUUACUAGAGCAGCGAGUUAAGAACAUGCUUUGAUGCCGCGCAAACUCUUAUGAGGAGUAAACUAAUCAACCAAGAACCGACCCAAAUCUGUUUUAGUUUUUCUUCGUCUUGCCUGUUUCCGAAGUACAAGUUGAAGGCGCUGCUGUAAAGGAAAGCCAUGUGAAUGCAAACGAUUAACGGCUUUGAUUGCUCAAAGGCAUUUACGCUUUCUUUGAUUGGUUAUCCUUCCACCUGUAAUAAAAAGCUGUACGCCAUUCUUAUUGACUGUAUAAGCUCUUCUCACAUUUGAAAAUAAAGCGUAUAAAUUUCUGCAAAUAACCUUUGCAAAAUAAAAUUCUCGUGUUACGUGUAUUAAGUACUUUCUAUUGGCUGUAAUAAUUAUAUUCUCUUUUUCGACAAAACGUGAUAUUAGGCAGUUUCGGCUUGUAGUCGGCGUAGAAAUGUACGGAAAAGCGUGAUGCACGUGAAUGCCUAAUUUCACCUUAUGGAGGACGUUGAUAAGCUACGACGAAAUUUCUUUCUUUUUCUACUCAUGAGUGCGGUCCCCAAGAAAUCAACUCUAGGGAAAUUAAUUAAAGUCUGAAAACGUGCUAAUUCAUUUUAAAAGUGACCUUUUCGUUGGCGUCGCCAUCUUCACGGUGUAGUCGUGCAAGCACGGUAAAGAAAUGUAUAUAAAUGAGUGACGCACGUGCAAAGUUGAUGUCUUGCGUAAUAAAAUUAAACCCGUAUUGCUUCCUCGUUGCUGUCGCCGUCGUCGUUGCUGGGAGCUUUAGCAACGACGACGGCGACGGCAACCAGGACGUCAAAAAAAAGCAAUAGGUUUAUUACGCAAAACAACAACUUUGCACGUGCAUCACGCUUUUUUGUACAUUUCUUUACCGUCCUUGCACGGCUACGACAUGAAAAUGCCUUAUUACAAGUUUUAUGGAGGACGUAAACAAGCGACGACGAAUCUCUUUUUCUCUCUCUAAACUUGAGUGCGGUCCUCAAGAAAUCAACUCCAGGGAAAUUCACCUACACUUGCCAUUUUCAGCAAAUUGGAAUAAACGCCACAAAGAUUGAAAAAACGGGAAAUCAUUUUAAAACUGACGUUUUUGCUGCCGUUGCCGUCGUCAAUGCUAAAGCUCCCUGCGCGAACCGAACCUCGGUUUUGGCAUACCCCUAAUAACCCAAUAUCACAAUGAAAAAUAAUCAAUAAAACUUCUUAUUUCAAAGUAAAAGGCACAUAAGUACAUGAUUUUUGUUGUUGCAAUUUUUGUUUAUUUUUUUUCCCUCACGUAUAGGACAAAAUCCUUCAACCAUAGGGAAAGCCAAUACGGUAUCAUCAGUCAAGUUAUGUAAUGCAGUUACAGCAUGUUGAAACUGCCAGAGACCCCAGUCCUGUAAUAUUAUUACAGCUUAACCCAUUCGCUCCAGGAGAUUUUGCCGAAAAACGCGUUUUGAAGCUAGUCGAGUGGUUUUCUGGUCACUGUCGUGCUAUAAAGAGCUAAAACUUACCACAAACCGGUUUACAGGUCGUACACUUGGCGGCCUUCUGAUCCAGAUGCAAAAUAUCAGCUUGCGAAGUUCGGGCAUGCGCAGAAAGCAAAAUUUCGACAGUUUUUGGGUUUAAAAGUGACACAGCAGUCUUGACUUUUACUUUUCGCUUUCUCUCCUCCCUUCUUUUUUCGCUUUUCUUGCCUCAUUUUUUUUUCUCUUGCUGGGCAUUUAGUAGGCUUCGUUUUGGUGGGAAGAGUUCUUAGGAAAGCUUUUAGGAUCUUAGGAUUAGGUGAAAGGAAAGGUAGGUGGGUAAUGGAACAAGAUUUUCAUGGAGAUUUUCAAGUCCUUGUCACGUGGUUUUUUGCUUCUUUCUCCGGUGUCCUUGACUGAAUCGUGCUCAUUCUGGUAUGGUUUGAAAGAUCUCCUCACUCUGCACAAGUUAGCGAAGAAAGUUGUCCUUGACCGUUAAAACUGAUGACGUCACAAAGGGUAGAAAGGACCUGGAUCCGCACGGGCGGUUACGGGCGGUUCAGGGGCGAAUGGGUUAAAGCUAUAGUAGUCGUUUUUUAAGCAAAAAGAGCAUGUUUAUUUGGAAUCGCUUUUUAACAUUUUUUUCUUUUCGUAAACACUUUUGUCUUUAUUGUUUAGUGACUAGUUACAGAAACAUUGCUUAAUAUUUUUAAAGGAAAGUGGCAUGGCCACUCUGGAUAACAAAUCUGAAAAUGGCUUAUUCUUUCUUGAAAAAAAAGGGGGAUUAUUGCGAGUAAAAACUUGCAAGAGGUGACAGGCCACACAUCUUCACCGGCGUGAAACCUUUGAAAACCUUUUACAUAUUGCUCCAUUGCAGGGGACCUCUUUCAGGGAUCUUACAUCUUACAGUUGAAACUUUGAACCAUGAUAUAGCUUAUAUAUAGUGGACCAAGAUACAGCUCGGUACAGUUUAUGUUCAGCAAGGGAAAAUUGUGUAAGUUGAGCAGAACCUUUAAAAUGUACAAUAGACAAUUUGUUUAGUUCGCGCGUAUUGAUUUGGUAAGCGUUUAUAUAUCCCCCCUGGUUUGUUUGGAGGAUCGAAAAUGGUGCGGUUUGAUUGGUUGCUGUAGGUUCGAUCUGUGUUUUCUGAAAGCUAGGUUGUGUUUUUUUAUAAAGGUUUACCGCACCAUUUUUGAUCCUCCAAACAAACCAGGGUGGAUAUAUAAACGCUUACCAAAUCAAGCAAUACGGAAUGGUUCAGAGUUCACCUCAACCAUCCCACCACAUAGCAACUGAUGAGAAACGUAAGAUUCCAAACCGCCGGUCUUGCUUGUAAACUUAUAUUUAACUACAAACAUUAUGUAGUGGCACAAAGAAGCCAGUCAAUUGAUUGGUAAAAAAGCAACAUGCUAAUGAUAUUGAAAAAUAUCGAGCUUUAAAAUACUUUCCUCUGAUAUUAACACUACAAGAGACCUUUACCAAGCGAUUGAGUUUUAAAACGAUAUUCAAAGGACACAGCAUCAUAAUGUAUUUAAAUAAUGCUUCUACUAAAGCCGUAAUAAAUAUACACAAAACCAGUGUUAGAUCUGGAUAUAUUUAAAGGCUACCUGCUUUGUACAGCUGAACAUUGUUCUCUGAGAUCGCGUAAACCUAAACAUUACGGAGAUAUUAAAAGCAGAUACCCUAAGAUAACAGCAGCUAUGGAAAAAUUAUUAUAUAUUUCAGUAGACAAAUCACAUAAACGGGCCACAAAUUCAACUGGAAUACGCGCGAACUAAACAAAUUGUCUGUUGUACAUUUUAAACGUUCUGCUCAACUUACACAAUUUUCCUUUGCUGAACAUAAACUGUACCGAGCUGCAUCUUGGUCCGCUAUAUAUAAGCUAUAUCAUAGUUCAAAUUUUAAACUGUAAGAUCCCUGAAAGAGUUGGAGCAAUAUGUAAAAGGUUUUCAAAGGUUUCACGCCGGUGAAGAUGUGCGGCCUUUCACCUCUUGCAAGUUUUUACAGUGAUGUGCAGUGAUGGGUAGUGAUGUAUAGUGAUCGGUAGUGAUGGACAGUGAUGCGUAGUGAUGGUUAGUGAUGUGUAGUGAUGGAUAGUGAUGUGUAGUGAAGUGUAGUGCUGAAUAGUGAUGGAUAGUGAUGGAUAGUGAUGUGUAGUGAAGUGUAGUGCUGAAUAGUGAUGGAUAGUGAUGGACAGCGAUGUGAAGUGAUGGAUAGUAAUGUGUAGUGAUGGACAGUGAUGUGUAGUAUUGGACAGUGAUGUGUAGUGGUGGAUAGUGAUGUGUAGUGAUGGACAGUGAUAUGUAGUGAUGGACAGUGAUGUGUAGUGAUGGACAGUGAUGUGUAGUGACGGACAGUGAUGUGUAGUAGUGGACAGUGAUGUGUAGUGAUGGAUAAUGAUAUGUAGUAAUGGACAGUGAUGUGAAGUGAGGGAUAGUGAUGUGUAGUGAUAGACAGUGAUGUUUAGUGAUGUGUAGUGAUGGACAGUGAUGUGUAGUGAUGGACAGUGAUGUGUAGUGAUGGAUAGUGAUGUGUAGUGAUGGACAGUGAUGCGUAGUAAUGGACAGUGAUGUGAAGUGAUGGAUAGUGAUAUGUAGUGAUGGACAGUGAUGUGUAGUGAUGGAUAGUGAUGUGUAGUGAUGGACAGUGAUGUGUAGUGAUGGAUAGUGAUAUGUAGUGAUGGAUAGUGAUGUGUAGUGAUGGACAGUGAUGUUUAGUGAUGUGUAGUGAUGGACGGUGAUGUGUAGUGAUAGACAGUGAUUUGUAGUGAUGGAUAGUGAUGUGUAGUGAUGGACAAUGAUGUUUAGUGAUGUGUAGUGAUGGACGGUGAUGUGUGGUGAUGGAUAAUGAUGUGUAGUAAUGGACAGUGAUGUGAAGUGAUGGAUAGUGAUGUGUAGUGAUGGACAGCGAUGUGUAGUGAUGGACAGUGAUGUUUAGUGAUGUAUCGUAAUGGACAGUGAUGUGUAGUGAUGGAUAGUGAUGUGUGGUGAUGGGUAGUGAUGUGUAGUGAUCUAUAGUGAUGUGUAGUGGUGGAUGGUGAUGGAUAGUGAUGUGUAGUAAUGGGUAGUGAUGUGUAGUGAUAGGUAAUGAUGGAUAGUGAUGGUAAGUGAUGGAUAGUGAUGUGUAGUGAUGUGAAGAGAUGGAUAGUGAUGGAUAGUGACGUGUAGUGAUUCCUAGUGAUGGAUAGUGAUGUGUAAUGAUGGAUAGUGAUGGAUAGUGAUGUGUAGUGAUGUGAAGAGAUGGAUAGUGAUGGAUAGUGACGUGUAGUGAUUCGUAGUGAUGGAUAGUGAUGUGUAAUGAUGGAUAGUGAUGGAUAGUGAUGUGUAGUGAUAUGUAGUGGUAUGUAGUGAUUUGUAGUGAUGGACAGUGAUAGGUGGUGAUGGGUAUUUACGUUGUGAUGCAUAGUUAUGUUGAGUGACACAUAGUUACAUGUUACAUGAAGAUAUUUUAAGCGGUAAGAACUACAACUAGCCACAACUGGAACUAGGCGAAAUAAUGGCUAAAAACAUAGCAAAAACAGCAACAAGACAACUCGGAGGGCAACAUCUGCUAUUUGGAGGAUACUUGCGGAGCUGGACAAACCUAAACGUAAACUAUCGAAGAUAAACUUAACAUCGAUGCAGGUAAGCUUGUUUUAGCUAUGUUUUUAAACUAAGAAUUAUUUUGAAUGACUAUUGACAUUGCUAUGUGUAAAAUAAUAUUAAAAAAGGAAUACUUUAUAAAUAGUAUGAUCUAUCAGAUGUUAAAAUUUUUCAAAAGAAUAAUUUGAAUUUAUCCCGAGAUGAUCCUAAGACCUUUAUUUGCUUUGAAGAUAAAAAAAUACAGGUUUAUUAAUAUUUAACUCUUUAAAACAAAAGAAAUUAAUUUUUAACUUUUUUUGUUAACCGUAACUGAAAAAAAUUAACCGAUAGCCGUAAAAGAUCCAAAAUUUUAGCCGAUAACCGUAAAAGCCACCACCCCAUUGAGACCCUCCUCUAUUGUGUCACCUCCGGUGUCCAUGGUGGUAAACGAAACUGGUAUAGCAUCACUGCAGUGUAAGGUCAAAGGAAAUCCAACACCUCAGGUCACGUGGAUGAAACAAAAUUCCAGUCUUCCUUUGGACAAACGAAUUAUACAAUCACGUGGUGGACUGAUGAUUCGUGAUGUGACGUCACAAGACGGAGGUGUGUACACAUGUAGGGCGAGAAAUAUUCUUGGAGUCAAGACUUCAUCGGCCACAUUAGCUGUUCAAGGUAAUUCACUUCCCAAUUUUUAUGUCCCAGUAGUCUUAAUUCACUGUAAUACAACUAAACAACUAAAAUACUGUUACAGUACUAGCAAUAAAGUAUAUUGCACCUAAGCUUCGAAAGAGCUUCGGGUCGAUCUCUUGAAUAUGUAGUUGUUAGAAUAUUUACUUGCACAAACAUUUUGUACCCCAUGCUACUAGGCCCCAGAGGUUGUCCAGAAAAGAUCGCUAUCGUAAGCGGAAUCCUAACUCAUCAUCAUCUUCAUCAUCAUCCUAGUCGAAAAUUAUGACGCUGUGAUAUUCUAAUUACGACUAUGACUCCGACUCCGUCGCUAUAAAAAACCAGCAUUAAAACAAAACUGUAGCCUCAGACUUCACAGAGGCGACGGCCUUACGCUUGUUACAUUCAAUGAAAAACAUUUUUGCUCACGAGUAUGAAAUUACUGUAUUGCAAGGUUAACUCAAAGAAAACUCCUCAUGGGUGCCUCAAAAUGAUCGGGUGAUAUGCCCUUUCGCGUUUAUUAAUUGCAGUUGCUGCCUUGAUCACACAAAAGCCCUCCUCUGUUAUCGUUGAAGAAGGAGAAAACGUUACACUUGUAUGCAAAGCUACUGGAGUGCCAAUACCAACGGUUACGUGGCGAAAAGCAUUAGGUACCGUGCCAAAAGAAAAGACUGCAGUGAUCGAUGGGAACAUGAGCAUAGUAAGUGUAACGAAGGCAGAUGGUGGGACAUACGCAUGCUCAGCAAAAAAUCUCCUUGGAGAAGACGCCGCUGUUGCCUUGGUAGCUGUUAUUGACAGGCUCACAUUUACUCUGACGCCUCUAAUAAAGUUUGUAGCCCCUCCGUUAGGUAACUUGAUGCUCAAUUGCCAAGCCCAGGGAUCCAUAGAGAUUUCUUGGAAGAGAAAAAACAAAAAUCUUCCUCAGAAUCACGUUUAAUAUCUUCCCAAACGGAACUUUAUUUCUAACUCAGGUGACCACAAAUGAUGCUGGUACUUACACAUGUGUAGCUAAAAAUUAUCAACGAACAAUUGAGGCAUCGUCUACUGUUGAAGUGCUAAAGAAAACGUCUUGUAGCGGCAUUAAAUCAGGCCUCAGUGGAAGUUCAUCAGGUAAUUAUAUGAUUGACCCUGAUGGCAAAGGAGGCGUGGCUCCGUUCAGUGUGUAUUGUGACAUGACUGACAAGGGAGGCGUUGGUGUGACCGUUAUAAGUCACGACAGCGAGAGAAGAACAUAUGUUGGUAACAUUCCAGGAUGCGAGAUAAGUAACCCUGGUUGUUACAGUAAAGAUGUGACUUACAAUGGAGUGAGCACCGCUCAGCUAGCAGCACUCACCCGAGUGUCACAGAACUGUGAACAGUUUAUCAAGUUUGAGUGCAGCAGACAUGUAGGCUUUGUAUCGGAGUCGGUUGCCUGGUGGAUGUCACGUGAUAGAAGGAAAAUGAACUACUGGGGAGGAGCAGGUGGAUCAGCCAACACGUGCGCAUGCGGAGUAACAAACUCUUGCUCAAGUGGAAAAAAGUGUAAUUGUCACAAUAGUAACAGGGGCUGGACAGAAGACAGCGGUCUACUGACGGACAAGUCUGCAUUACCUGUGUCACAGAUAAGACUGUCAGACCUGAAUGAUUCAGGUGAAGAAGGAUAUCAUACAUUAGGAAAGCUCAAGUGUUAUGGUCAGGCAUGA